UGCCCCUUUAAGAGCCGCCCGUCGCCGCUCCUCCCCUUCCCGCGCGUGUUUCGCGCCGUGAAGCGACCACCGGCAUCGCUGCCAGGAGACGCGGAGCGCGCGGACCCCGGGGGCAGCGCGGGGCUCUCGGCGGAGACGGGGUCUCCGCGGGGCCGGCAGCCCCUCUCCCGCGCCGGGGCCCCCGGCAUGUCCUGAGCGGGGCGGGCUCGGCGCGGGGCCCCCACCACGGAGGGGGCGGUGGAGCAGCGGGCCAAGGGCCGGGCCCCCAUGAAGGAGAAGGAGAAGGAGCCGGCGGCGGAGCGGGGCAAGCCCGCCACCUACACCGGGGACAAGAAGGCGCGGAUGGCGGCCAAGACCAACAAGAAGUGGGUGCGCCUGGCCACGGUGCUGGCCUACGUGCUCUCCGUCUCGCUGGCCGCCAUCGUGCUCGCCGUCUACUACAGCCUCAUCUGGCAGCCGGUGCGCCAGCCGCGCCCGCCGACAGGGCCCAGCGCCGCAGCCGCCGGCCGGACGACGCCAGGGCCCCCCACGGAGCCGCACCGGGGAGCCGGCCCCACGGAGCCGCCUACGCGGCCGGCUGCCGGCCAAGGGGCGGCCGGGACUGAGCGCGCUGCCACUUCGCCACCGCCGGGGGGCGAGCCCGGCCCAGCCCCCGACCCCACCGUGCUGCAGCAAGUGCAUCGGAGCCACUGAUCGCGGGGAAGCGGGGGCCGAGCCCGGACAGGGCGCAGCGCACAGACGCGGCCCGGGCAGGGGCAGGGCAGCUCCCUCGACCAGCGACCGGCCUCCACCGCCCCUGAUUCGCUUCGCCUCAGCCCGGGGGCCACGGGACCAUCGCCCCCUCGCUCCGGGAUCUGCCCCUUGGGGACAGUGGCGCGGACACGCUGCCAGAUGCUCUGUCCGGCCUGUUUGCCCGUUCAUCGAUUUGCGCAGGACUGGGGCAGGGCGAAUUGUAAUUAUUAGUUUUUAAUACGGUGUAAACGGUACUGGGAAGCCACAGAGAGUGAAGCUCAGGUAUGUCAGCCUAGCUGAAAUGUACCCAGAUGCAUUUCGUUUAUAUCUGUGUGUAUGUAUUUGUAGAUAUAUACACUUCAGGCGAUAACUGUAUAGAGGUGAGAUGUAUGCUAUGUAAACUACACAAAGAGCACACCCUGAUGGUUUUAAAGGGCUAUAGCAGGAAACCAAGCAAGAAAGUUGCUAUGAUCCUGGUGGCUAAAGGAUGCCUAAAGCCAUACAGACCCCGUCAGAAGCUGCGUGUGAUUUCCCUCCCCCCCCCCCCGCACACUUUUUACUAAGUUUCUUUUUAGUAAAGACAGUUCCAUGCUAUGUUGGAUUUCUAGACUGGGGGAGGGAAAGAGUGCAGCGUAUUCUUUUAUUUGCUAUGCUCAUCAAGAAUGAUUCCAGAGAACUGUCUUCUUCUGAUUAGCACCUCCAGAUCUAUGGUUUUGGGCCUCCUUGUAUGCUUCAAUAGGGCCUGGUUUAGAUUAGGGGACAAUUUUCAUUCCAGCUAGGAUACUUCAGUUGAAAAUCCUAUUUAACACAAAUGUAGUCACAAGUGAAUAUGUAGUCUACUUUUGAUCUGGUAAAAACAUUGAAUUGUUCAGCAGUGUCUGCAUUUGUGUUAAAUAGGGGCUUCAAUUAAAGUUUCCUAGCUUGAUUUUUUUCAUAGCACCUUUUCCCUUAAUUUAGGCAUGGCUUAGGGAACUUUAACCAUAGAGGCAAACAUGAGUGGUAGGCAUGGAAAAAGAACACUUGCACCAAUUGAAUCUUAGCUAGUAUCUUUAGUUUUUCCUUCAAGAGAUUUCUGUGGCUUAAUUUUCUCCAUCACCAGGGUCAGCUUUUCUCGUUGACGCUCUGUUCUUCUCUCUAUGCCACUCUGUUACCUGUGAAAUGAUACUGGUGUCCAAAUUUUUCACCACUUAUAGGAUCAACUGGGAGCAGAAUAUGAAUUUAGAGGCUGUGUUCCAUUGUUUUGGGAAAAUGGCAUUUACUAAUGAACAAACUUAUUUAAAACAUGUGAAAGGUAAAUUGACUUGUUUACUAUAUUAAAAUAUUUUUUGCAUAUGAAA